CCAUGGCUCAACAUGUUCGGAGCGUUCUUCACGAUUGCAUGCCGAGCUGGAUCCAGCGAGAUACUGCAUCUAGAUUGGAACGAUGACCCGCGCUUGUGGACGCUCAUGUUUUGCGUCGGUGGACCUGAAGGGUGGGUUGGGGGCGACUUCUGCCUUCCCCAGCUCGGCCUGCGGAUCCCCAUGCGCGAAGGCACUCUAGUGGCUUGCCUGACGAAACGUUUGGUUCACUGCGCGACGGCGGUCACGCAGGGU